GGUAUGGGGCUGAGCGUGCCUCCCCUUAACUUGUCGGUACCACUUAUGUCUCGCGUCCUAGGCUGAAGGAGAUACCAAGGGCGAUAAGGCCAAAGUUAAGGAUGAGCCACAACGGAGAUCGGCGAGGUUAUCUGCUAAGCCUGCUCCUCCGAAGCCAGAGCCUAAACCUAAAAAGGCAGCUCCAAAGAAGAGCGAGAAGUUGCCCAAGGGAAAGAAGGGGAAAGCUGAUGCUGGCAAGGAGGGAAACAACCCUGCAGAAAACGGAGACGCCAAAACAGACCAGGCACAGAAAGCCGAAGGUGCUGGUGAAGCCAAGUAAAAUGUGUGAAUUUUUGAUAACUGUGUACUUCUGGUGACUGUACAGUUUGAAAUACUAUUUUUUAUCAAGUUUUAUAACAAUGCAGAAUUUUGUUUUACUUUUUUUUAAGCUAUGUUGUUAGCACACAGACCGCUUCGUUGUUGUGUUUUGAGGGGGGGCAGUGGGGACAAAUGUCACUUAGUCUAUUUCUCGGAACCUAAAUUUUAAUACGAAAAGUUUUCCCGGUCCCCCAGUUUUUGGAAGAAGGGCUCUUCCCGAAUAGAGGAGGAAGGGAUUCCUUCAUGCUGCACGUCUGUUAAGUUCUGUGAAGUGCGUCCGAGUGAACGUCGAAGCUCCCAAGAUGCCUGUUGCCGACUUCAAAACUGCAGUUUGUAACGCCCUCUCUAUUGCCUUUCACGCCCUCGUUGUUUGCCUAGAGCCUAUCACUCCGAAAUACGGCAAAAACGGCAUUUUGGGACUUGCCACUCUAAAUGCAUUGUCGGGUGAUCCUGACUUCGGGUGUCUGAUUUGGGAUCUAACGGCUGGAAAAGGAGCUGUACUUCCUCUUUUAUAUUGUGGAUCUUCAGAUUAAGAAACCUGCAUUUUAAUUUUUUUUCCUCUCAAAGUCAGGGUAGGUUUGUGAAGAGUUGUUAAACAACAUGCUAAAUGUGAAAGUGUCCACCCUCACUCUAAACUUUUCCCUUUACAAGUAUGAAAUGAAGAUUCUUCAGUUUUAUAGCAACUUUUACGUUUUGGUAGUCCACGAAGGGAGGGGAGUUUGACAGUUGUUGUAAAAUGUUGCAGAUUGUAGCCCAUGUCCUGCCUAAAUUACCAUGAUUGUUUAUGAAAAGUACCUUUAAUAAAGCUGGAUACGGUUUGGCUUGGACUGU